AUGGUAUUCGGAUCAAUGCGCCACGCUGUUCAGCACCUUCGCCAGUCGGCUAGGAACACUUCCACCCGACGUGCAACUGUAUCUGCUUCCUCCUCCUUUUCCUGCGCUCCACGUGCUCUGGUGCAGCAAGCCUGUGUCAAUGCUGCGCCACUCGUUGCCCAGCCGCAACACAUGAAAGCGGACCCAACGGGUAUCGUGGCCGGCAUCGCCAUCGCGGGUGCCUUGAUUGGCGUGGGUAAGAUGUGGUGGGACGCGUCGUCGUCUAGUACGGUGGAGCCACCGGCCUUCCAGGAGAUCCCGCAAGCAGAGAUCGCGCUCUUCUUCACGGAACUCACGGCUGCUGUCAAGGACCUCUUCAAACAAUUACCGGAGAUUGAGAACGCUGUACGCAAGUACCUGAAGGACAACAACCACGAGCUGAGUGACGCCGAAUUUAAGCAAGCUAUUCUGUCGCAGCUGUAUCAGAUGAUGGAAGGCAUCGAGCAACAGAUCGUUGCCAAGCGCCUGUGGAGCCGUCAGAGCCUCGAGUUUGCACUUGAGAAGUACGCACAGGACCCGGAGGUACUCAAGCUCCAGGACAACCUGAACACCAUCAUGCGAUCUGUGUUCCCUGCUCCGGAGCCCGUGGAGGUUCCUGAGGAUCUCACUGCCGACAAGACACUGGUGAUUUUGAAGGAAAUGGUGAGAGGCAUGGAGAAGGCCAUGGCAGACAUGCUUGCGCACGCUCGGGCGGAGGGCAUCACCGAUGUGCAAAAGGCUAUGGAGGAAUUCCAGUACUUGUACAUGGAGCACGUGGAGCAGAUGACACAGACUCAGAUGAAGACCCAGGGCAUAUCGCAGGAGAUUUUAACGGCUGCUUUGCAGAAGUACCACACCGAAAGCGAGCAGUUCCGGCACCAAGUGGAGCAGAUCUACGCUCAGCAGGCGAAAGCCUUCCAGAAGAUGGGUCUGCCCGUCGAGACCCCAUAA